UAAAGAUGGCUGCACUUUCAGGAUUUCUUCUGUUCGCUACAUUUAGUUUUGCGUUUUCUGUUCCAGUGGACACUAAGCUGCAGGCUUUGACAGAUACAUUGUCAGCGAUAGAACGCCUUGUUCGGUACUACAAGUCAACUUAUCGUGAGCUCAACAUUGAUGGCCUCUAUGGUCUCCGAGUUUUGGAAGGUCAGUUGGGUGUUUUGCUGGAGGAGUUUAAUAAAGCUGGAACUGACGGCCUUCCAAAUGACAUCACUGCGAGAAUACGACACCUUCAGGUGGAAGCCACCAACAUAAGCGAGGAGGCAGUGAGCUUUGUUAGGAAAGGAGAUGAAGAAUACUACAAGGCACUCCACUUUGUUGUUGGUCGACCUUGGAAACUUUGGAAAAAUCAGAGGUCACUUAACUUCAGCAGUCAAUGGAACCGUGGUGUUUAUCUGAAAAAUAAAGAGAGAUUAACAGAGAGCCGGUCUGAUCGAUGUAUGACCCAGUUAACAGGGAGUUUGGGGAACAGAUCAACAUCAUGUCAGGUUACUCAGGACUGUGUCCAACUCAUGACAAGUCGGGGAUUAACGGGGUACGGAAUCACCCACCAGAUUCUGUGGACAAUGUUAGCUGAACAGGCAGGAUGUACACACACAGUAAAUGCUCUGUUUAAGAAGCAGGGCAGUUCACUAGAAGACUUCCAGACAGAGUUCUGUACCAAUAACUUUCUGGAGAUGAUUCAGACAGUCCAUGUAGUACUCAAAGAAAAUAUUCGCCCUCGAUUUCAAGAUCUCUUUCUGGAGCAACAAUUUGUCUGUCCAAACAUUGGUUUCCAUGAGUUCCUGUCAAGCACAUACCUAAGACAGAUCUUAAAUUGGCAGAAAGAAAAUGGCUGCUUUGGCACAAUGCCAAGAAGUGGGGAUAAGAAAGACCCUGAUUAUGAGUAUGAAGAAAACUCCACAAAAGGAAAUGUUAAUGUUCACAAACCAAGUCCUGGGAACCUUAAGUUUAUGCCACAGAAUCAUCCUAAUAUCUCACAGAGAGGCGUGGUAGUGCAAAGAGGUCAAAAACUAGUGCAACAGUUCUCUAACCAGGACAGUAUGAAACACAAGUUGAUGCCUCCAGUGUUUGGUUCUCAAGGUUACAAAGCUAAACCCUUACAGAGGGGCUUGUUGUCAUUGUCUUCUUCAAAAACAUUUAAAAGUAGGAAGCUUCUGGCUGAGAAGGCACUCUCAGGUGGAUGUUUGGCCCACAAGACUGCUGUAGCAGCAGGUGCCCUUGUGAUGUAUCUUAGAUACCUCAUCUACCCAGGACAGCCUGAUAUGUUCAACAACCAGGCCAUCAUUAAAUCUAGACUGUCUGCUAUUACACCACUCACUGAUAAUGAAGAUGUUGCCUACGCAUUAUCUAUGGGUCAGUCCCUUAAAGACAUUCCUAAUGGUAUGGAAAAAUCUCCUCUCAAGAAGGACAAUUCAGUCACAGCAAACCGAACCUUGCUGAAAAAGGAUUACAACCAACCAAAUGCAUUAAAUAACAAUGUGUUGGCAGCCCAGCUGUAUGGUAAAAAUGACAAAGAUGAUUAUUAUUCAAAUCAGAAAUUGAAGGAGGAUUAUUAUGAUGAUAAAAACGAGUCUCCAGAAUACCCCAAACGAGAUCGCAGGAAGUUAAAUCCAGACCAGAAAAUGGUGCAUUUUGACAACGGCAAUCAGGAUAAAGAUAACUAUGCAGAUGAAGAUUACAAAGAUGAUGAUUAUAAAGAUGAAGAGAGAGAAGAAGAGGACAAAAAUGAUGAAAGAGAUUACCCAUACUACGAUAACAACCAGAGAAAACAAAGGGAAGAGGCAGAUAGAAUAGAGAGAGAGGACAAGGACCAGUAUCUUAACAAACAGGACAAAGGGGAUCAUCCAAACACUGUGGCGGCCAUAGAGGGAGGGGAAAACCCCCCAGGCAGGUCAGAGAGCCCCUCCCUAGGGACUGUCUUGUUAGGGUUCACUGUUAUUUUCUGUGUGCUGUUAUUCAUUGUCUAUCGUUUUAUUAGGACAAGACGAGUACAUAUACGUUAUAACCUUAGAUCUUUGAUGCGACUCUAGAACAUUUAAACCUACUUGAAAAAGGUUGAAAAAUGUGAUUUGAGAUCAGAUUAAUCAAAAACCUGAACUCGGUUCAUUGAUAAUAACUUGAUAGUGAUCCUUGCCAGUAAUUGCCAUUUAUAAUGUUUUUAUUUAUUGAUAUAAAAAUAUAUAUAUUAUAGUUUGAUGAGUUUGGUUUUUUUCCUAGGGUCUAUUUUUUUUUUUUUUCUGAAGAUAAGAAUGCAAUUUACUUAAUCAGAUUUUAUAUUCAAAUUAAUAAAGACUGCCUAAGAGCUUGAUGCCAAAAUGUGAGAAUAGAGAAGCAUCCGGAUGUAGUAUUCCAAGUAUUUUAUUAAUUUUUUUGUUUCAUACGAUGAGUGUUUUUUACUCAGUGCAAUGCAUACAUACAUAAAAAAAAAUAGCAGGGUGUUGUUAAUUUUAAUUGGAGAUUUUGUGUGAUAUUUUUAACUAAUUGCUUGCAAAUUUGUCAUUCUUAUAAACGUCCGAAAUCAUUGAACAGGACAAUAAAUGUUGUAAGAUUUUUAUGCUGAAGAUAUUAUACUAGAAUGAAAAUUAUAUUGAUGCAUUUUUUUCAUUAAAUGACUUGAGUAUUUUAUGUAGGGGUUACAUGAAACCUUUUUUGCAUAAAGAGAGUUAAUGCUCCUAAAAGUCACAUUUGUAUUAGUUUUGUUUUGUUCUUGACAUGUCUUACAUGUAGCAUGAAGUUUUUUUUCAUAUAAUUUAUGUAAUACCAUCUGUGUGGAAAUGUUUUCAAAUGCACUGUAUUGUUGUAUUUUCACUAAGUCUUCCAUAGUGUAUAAGCUUAUAAUUAUCUAUGGCCUACUUUUUUCAUUGUUUUAAAAAUUUGUUGGAAACCAUGGAGAUGGUAUAUAGUUUUAGUCCACAUCAUUUCAGUUAGAUCUUAUCUGUUAUUCAGACUCCCUGUUUCAAUCUCUGGGGAGUAAUUUACAUUGGUUAUUGAAUUCUUACUUGUAUUCAUUCUGUGUACAACAAUAAUUCAGUAGCUGAUAUUAAAUUUAUAGGUAUACAUUCAAGCAUUAUAGGGUUUGUUAAGUAUCUGUGAUGUUCCCAAACUUAAACUAUAUUGUAACAUUUCAGUACUGAAGUUUUUCUUCAUUAUGUUAUAAACAUAGCACUGUAGCUAUUUUUUAAGAGUGAGAGUACUUCUACUAUGAAUUAUCUGUAAUCACUGUAACUACUUUUUAAGAGCGAGAGUACUUCUUCUAUAAAUUAUCUUAAAUGGAGACUUUUGUUAGACUUCUGUUUGUUUCCCCUCACCAUUUGAUGGACUGGUACAGGGUAAGGAAAUUAAGGAGUUUAAUUUUUAGUGUGCCUUUUUUUUUUCAAAGUCAGCCACACUGGGGAACAAAUAGAUUGUUUUAACGGUCAUAGCAAGGUUUUUGAAAAGGCGUGCAAUGGAAGGUCUUGCAGAGGUAUCCCAAAAUUAAAAUUAGACAAUUUUUCAUGUAUGAUACUUUUUGGUUACAUUUUACUUAAAAAUAGUGAAGAAAUUGUAGUAGUCGUACUUUAAACAGACAAAUAUUAGACUUUUUAAACGUAGAGGGGUGUGAUUGCACUCGGUGCUACUGCCCCCCCUUUUCUGAAGGCCUUGUUUUAAUAUCGGCCUACUCACACAAUUGUAUUAUUGCUGUUUUGUUCCUCUCUAAUGAAAUAAUUGUGUAUUUGUUACUGUUAGGUGAAUCUCUCUGCUGCUGAAUGUAAAUUCUGUGAUACAAAAGAUUCAACAAACAAUUCUUAUAAUUUUUUUUUCAAAACUGAAUUAUAGGUGAAUUUAUGAAGGCAGCUUAUUAGAUAGCUUUAAAGGUUUUACACAAAAGAUGUAAUCCAUAUUUGGUGCUUUUAAAACUGUGGGAAUCAUUGUCCAGUUUUAUUUCAUGUGUCUUUAUGUGAAAGACUCAGGUGAACACAUAGCAAGUUACUAAAUGUAUGUUAUAUUUGUAGACUAAAAUAUGUUUUGUUUUUCACAUUUAGUGAUACCAUGUUACAAUUUUUUUGGUACCUGGCAUUUGAAAACAUUUUUUUAUUCUGUUAUAAAUUUUGCUCAAAAUUUGAGCUAAUGUAUAGAAUUUCGAAGUCAAAACUGUUUGAAAAUUAAAAAAAAAAAUUCUGAUUCAUACACCAUUCUGUCAUUGUCAAGUUAUUUCUAAUGAUUUGAAUGUAUUCAUUAGUGCCAUAACUUAAAGCCAUAGAAUUUAUUUAGUUUAUAAUGAUUUAAUGUAUAUUUUUACUUAGUAUGGAAAGUUGAUGAUAAAAUGUUAGUAUAUUGUUGUUUUGACAAUGUGUACAUGUUUGAUAUUUAUAUAUACGUGUAUGUGACCAAUGGCAUUAUGGUUGUAGUAUAUCAAGGAUAUUGCAUGCUGAAUUGUGUUAUUUUUUACUUCAUACACAUCAUCAAACCUAUCUAUACACACCUUAUACGCACACACAAUUUGUUACUGAUACUAAGUGUGUAUAUAUUGUAGCCAUUUACCAUACCCACUGGUAUGAGAUUUUGUGGAAGAGCAGUUGUGAACAUUUUGGGGUUUGGUUUAUGGCCUAUCAUUGUUAAUAUUUCAUUUUUAUAUGUAUCAUUAUUUCUUCACAAAAUGGUGAAAUGGUUCAUGAAAUAAUGUUGCAGUGAAUACCUUUUGAAAACUACAAUAAACGAAAUCCAGCAAUA